GACAUUCACAACACUGACUCAUCUGAGACUGAGGACGCCUUCUCAUCUCACGAAGAGACACCUUGACAUCACCUGAACAAUGGACCCUUGCGAGUGCUCUAAGACUGGAACCUGCAAGUGCGGAGGAUCCUGCACAUGCACAAACUGCUCCUGCACCUCGUGCAAGAAGAGCUGCUGCUCAUGCUGCCCAGCCGGCUGCAGCAAGUGCGCCUCUGGCUGCGUGUGCAAAGGGAAGACAUGCGACACAAGCUGCUGUCAGUGAGGAGUCUGCAACAUCAGCUGCUUGCUGCCCUUGUGAUGGCGCCUGUGCGACCAGUUUAACCUUUAUUACAGUAGCAAAUGUCCAGAGAAAGUCAUCUAUUUUGUACUUGUCAACAGUGUUGAAAUAAACAUGAUUCCUUAAAGCAUAA